UACGCCGUAGCUGUAGAUCAGUCAUGGCGUCCUCAGAUUCUCAACCCCGCUUUGGUCAAUCCGUUAAAGGCCUUUUAUCGGAUAAAGUAGGGUCUUGCAGUGGAGAUGUUAUCGCCCUCACUCGUCAGGUUUUGAAGGGAUCACGCAGUCAAGAGCUUCUCAGCCAAGCGGCUAGAAAUAUGGUCAUUCAAGAGGAUGCAAUUCUGCAUUCGGAAGAUAGUCUUAGAAAGAUGUCCAUCAUAACCACUCACCUACAGUACCAACAGGAGGCCAUUCAGAAAAAUGUGGAAAACUCAAGAAAUCUCCAGGACCAACUCAAACACCUAUUAAAAUGAACUUGGAAACUAAAAGAAAAUGUCUUUUACACUGUUGGGAAUGUCCUAUUCAGCUAUGAGAAUUAUGUAUGUGUUGCUGCAUACACCUUUUGCACUGCAGGCCAGCCUACACUUACACUUGUGUUUUGACAACAAUGAUGGCUUUGUAUGUAUACUGUUUACCCUGAGACAUUGAGAUGUAUGAAGUUUGCCUUGUCAGAUCAUAAGCCCUUCCCUGGGAAGUCAUUACAGGUACUUUCUUGCCAUUCGAUUUGUAUUUAUCAUUAUCAUUACCGCCAAAUGUUUACACAAUUCAUGACUUGAAUUUCCAGGGUGUAAAUAUGAUCUUGUUUCCCAAUUAUAUGUGAGGAGUAAUAUCUUGCUUUUCCCACAAUAUUUAUUUCUAAGUUUUAGCAUUUGCCUUUUAAAGUAUUCAUUUUCAUUUCAGCCAGUUAUUGACCGUUGCAAAUGUCAAUACUGAGCUAUAAUUGAAAUAAAAUAAAAUAAAAUACA